AGUUACGCACGAGACUAUGAUUCAGUCUCUUCACACUCAUUUUAAUUUCUAAAUCUGAACCACUUUCGUUGCGUUACACUUUCUUCAUCUUCAUCUUCAUCUUCUCUCAUCAAUUUCACAGCUUCAAAACGCAGAAACCAUAGUUCAAAACGCAAAAACCGGGAAUCAAGUAUAUAAUAUAAUUGCUUUCAUUUCAAGGAGUUUGAAUUUUCAAGUGUUGGUCCUUGGUUCAUAGGAUCUGAUUUUGAUGUAUGUAUGCAUAGUGCAAAAGAGAUUUGGUCAAAAUUUGUUGAUUUCCCAUGUCGAUUUCUGAGAAACAACAAGUUUCGGUAAACAAUUCGAAGUUGGCAUCUACAGUAACUAGAGAUGUUGAUCCAUUGUUAAGAGGUUUGAAUGAUAAAAAACAAAGCUUUAGACGAAACGUGGAGUCUUUGGCUUCAGAGUUGAAGGAGCUUCGGAAUCGUUUGGCUUCUCAGGAACAAUCGUAUGUUAAAGAAACUCGAACAAGACAGGAAGCAGAGACAAAUGCCAAGAUUAUGGAAUUGGAAAUUAGCAGAAUGCAGAAGAAAUUGGAAGAAAAAAAUGAGCAGCUUCAGGCUUCAACCUCUUCUGCUGAAAAGCAUAUAAAGGAGUUGGACGAUCUUAGAACACAGCUUAUAGUAACUAGAGCAACAGCAGAUUCAAGUGCCGCAUCAGCUCAAUCAGCGAAGUUCCAAUGUUUAGAACUUCAAAAAGAAUUAGAUGAGAAAAAUAGUUCACUAAGAGAGCAUGAGGAACGCGUAAUUAGACUAGGCGAGCAGCUUGAUAAUUUGCAGAAGGAUCUUCAGGCAAGGGAAUCUUCACAGGAGCAAUUGAAAGAUGAAGUUCUUAGAAUUGAGCGUGAUAUUAUGGAGGCUCUUGCGAAAGCUAGAGAGAGCAAGGAUUGCGAACUGCAGAAAAUAUUGGACGAGGUUUCUCCUAAGAAUUUAGAGAAGAUGAAUAAGUUAUUGGUUGUUAAGGAUGAUGAAAUAGUUAAACUUAAGGAUGAAGUUAGGAUCAUGUCUGCUCAUUGGAAGCUUAAGACGAAGGAAUUCGAGUCACAGUUGGAGAAACAGCGGCGUGCGGAUCAGGAUCUGAAGAAAAGGGUGCUGAAGUUGGAAUUCUGUCUGCAGGAAGCUCGUUCGCAGACACGCAAGCUCCAAAGGAUGGGAGAGCGGCGGGACAAAGCUAUUAAAGAAUUGAAAGAUCAAUUAGCAGGAAAGCAACAGAGAGUUGUGGAUGCAGAAAAGCAAAACCAGAACUUCUGGGACUCCUCUGGAUUCAAAAUUGUGGUCUCCAUGUCCAUGCUAGUCUUGGUGGUAUUUUCAAAGCGGUGAAACCAUUCCUUUGAUUAUAAGGACUCUUGUAUAGAUCCUCUAGUUUAUUGUAGGAGUAGAGAAGUUAUAGAAUGUGUUUCGUGCUGUAGAAACACAAUUUUAGAGACAAUCUAGCUUUAGCUUAUGCAAUAUGUAGUAGCAUAGGAUCAAAACACAAUUUUGCAGUGGUCUUUAUAAAACAAAUCUAUGUAGGCGCACUUACAUAUUUAAUUUAAAGGACGUUUAUCCCAUCAUUA